CGUCUUAAAAGCAGCAACGCAAAUCCCACGGGCAAAGCAAAACCCCGGUUGACACCCAUCAGGGAAGCGGACCCGGAGGCCGUUGAUCGGACCGGACCCACUCUCUCAAGCUCCCGCUCCGCAUGGCCGCGCCGCAACCGCCGCCGCCCACGGGGCCGCCGGGCUCUUUCGGCUCGUCCGCCCCCGGGAUGCCGCAGCACUCGCAUCCACAUCCGCAUCCGCAUCCGCAUCCUCAUGCCGCCGUGGCGCACUAUCCCGUGGCUCUGGGGAUGAGCCUCCACGGGUACGCCGGCCUCGAGGACGCGUACCGUUCUACCGCUGCCGCCCAUGGCCUCGCGGCUCAUGACGCUCAACAGGCGGCGUUUGAUCGUCUGCCACCCCAUGCUCCUCCGCACUCCGCUGGGCCCGUUGCCGCAGCGCCGCCGGGCGGUGGGCAGUUCGGCAUCCUCGCGCCGACGCCUGUGCCCGUCGGAGUGCCGCAACCUCUGGCCGGCAUGUUUGGGACUGCUGCGGGAUCCAUGAUGCAGAAUCAGGGGCAGGAGGUUGAGCGGUCCAACGGCCAGUUGAGUGGUAAGCUCGUCGCAGAUCCGCCGGAUCUGGAGGCGUGGCGGGAGAAGCUCUUCAACGUUGAUGAGACGAUUCUUCUUACGCAUGAGGAAUUCGAAACGUACUUUCCACACGUUGACAAUGUCUACUCCCACCGCUCCACGCAGCGGUACAAGCGCAAGCCUUUCGUCUCACACUACUGGGACUGCCGUAUGAAGGGCCGUCCCCCCGGCACUCCCAAGUCUGACGACCCCAACAAGAAGAAGCGCAAGCGUAACGCCCGCGAGCGUGACCUUUGCGACGUCAAGAUCAAGAUCACCGAGUACUUCCCUGGCGCGCAGCUGCAGCCAGAAGACCUGCCCGCGGUCGGCGUGGGGCAGUCCGUCUUUGUUUCCGGACCAGUGAACCAGAUGGUUACGGCAGGCCAUCGCGUCUGGACCAUUCAGAGGGUCAAUGGAAACGGCGGCAAUGGGAAGGGGGAUGGCGUUGCGGGACCGCAUAAGCAUACGCUCGAGAAAAGUGACGAUAUUAAGAAGAACAGUGUGCAGCGGCUCCUUGCGCGGCAGGAGAAGGAGACCAGGAAGGCCCAGAAACCGGUUGUCCGAAAGGCCACAGGCGCAGCACUGGCGACUGUCAAGAAGCACACCAAAGAGAGUGACCUGAAGCUAUAUUCGGCAUGUUUCUGUCCUUUUUCUCAACGCGUGUGGAUCGCUCUUGAAGCAAAGGGCCUGGCAUAUCAGUACUGCGAGAUGGAUCCCUUCCGCCGUCCCGCGCCGCCUCAGUUGCUCGAAGCGAACCCGCGUGGAUGCGUGCCUGCAAUCCGGCAGGGCGACUGGGCGUGUUCUGAGAGCGGUGUGAUACUCGAAUUUCUCGAGGACUUUGAUCAAGGCGUGCCGCUUUAUCCUACCGAUCCACGGCUCAAGGCCAAUUGUCGCCUUUGGAUUGACCAUAUCAACACCCGUGUCGUCCCGGCAUUCUACGCCCUCCUCCAAGCUCAAAAUCCAACAGCGCAAAGCGAAGCAAUUGACCGCCUCCACAACACCAUCAAAUCCCUCGUCCAAGCUGCCGACGAACAAGGUCCAUUCUUCCUCGGCGCAACUCUCUCCCUCGUCGAUAUCCACCUCGCACCCUUCGCCCUCCGCCUCCCACGUAUCCUUGCCUCCCUCUGCAGCUGGCCAAUACCAUCACCGGGGUCUCGUCUGGCUCGCUGGCUCGAGGCGCUCGAGGAUGAUACACAUGUGCGUGCGACAACGAGUAACAAUGAACUGUAUACCGAGACGACAGAAUUAUUGGCUCGCCCUAUAGUUGGCGACGGAGGGGUUUGA